AUGGCUUCAAAGAUUUCCCUAAAGGCGGCGAAAGGAAAGAGCGUAAAGAAGGCGUCGGCGGCUGCCGAGGAGGAGGGAUCUACUGCAGCGGCGGCAAAGUUCGUGAAGGAGUGGAGCACGUGGACCGUGAAGAAGGCUAAAGUCAUCACUCACUAUGGAUUCAUACCGUUGAUUAUCAUCAUUGGGAUGAACUCCGAGCCCAAACCCUCCCUCUCUCAACUCCUCAAGCAUUGUCCGAGUGAGUGGCAGUGCGCACUGAGCAAAGCUUUUCUUGAAGAGGCUGCAAUGCUUCUUUCUCGAUGCCGACCCUUUAUUUUUGUAGAUGUUGAGGCUAGGCAAGACCCAGGAAAGUAUAGAUUUGCUCCAAGCGCCAUCUCCGCCGGUAUCCUGCUCUCGAGGACUUCACGAAUUGAGGCUUUCGUAAUAGUUAUGUGGAAUGCUAUCAGUUUCAUACCUGGAAUCGGCAUAUAG